UUAUAGCAUGGAAGAACCUGUACAUAUUGCUCAAGACUCCUUGUUCAGCACUAGCUCGGGUUGGACUAACUAUUCAGGGUUUUUCAAUCAUGCAUUUCUUUUACUUGUUAUAUCGAACGGCAGAGUUGCUCUUGAAAAUCUAAUAAAAUAUGGAAUACUAAUUUCUCCAUUGGAGUGGCUUAAUAUUCUCGACAGUUCUUCGCCUGGAAGUUGGCCAAAUUUGACUAUUGUACUUUGCUCAAAUGUUUCUAUAUUAACUGCCUUUUUUAUUGAAAAACUCCUUGCGCGUGGACUUCUAGAUAAUGCGUCCGGUGCUGUUGUGUAUGUUUUCCUUAUUGGUGCUCAUCUUGCCAUACCUCCAGCAGCGGUGUUAAAAAUACAUGGAAACCCGCUCUACUCAUUUUGGGCUCUCAUUAUAAUCGUGAUAGAGGCAUUGAAAUUGGUUUCUUAUGGUCAAGUUAAUUAUUGGCAAAGGUUGAUCAGAAAAGACAAGAAAAAAUCAUUGAACGGUACCGAGAAUGAUGUUCAACAUGCAAAGGAAACUAAAAAACCGGUAAAUGAUGCCAAUAACACAAUUGCUCAACUCCAAUACCCAAAUAACUUGACAUUGGGUAAUCUCUACUACUACAUGAUGGCGCCAACUCUUUGUUACGAAUUGAACUUUCCACGGACACCAGCAAUAAGAAAGACAUUCAUUAUUAAAAGGAUUACAGAGUUGAUCUGCUUUUCUUUUGUUGGUGUUGCUCUUUGUCAACAGUGGGUGAUUCCUUUGGUAAAGAAUAGUUUGGCACCAUUUUCUCAACUUGACUUAAAACGAUGCAUUGAACGAGUUUUAAAGCUGGCUAUCCCUAACCAUCUUAUAUGGCUCAUGUUCUUUUAUCUUUACUUUCAUUCUUUCCUCAACCUAAUUGCGGAAAUAAUGCGAUUUGGUGAUCGUCAGUUCUAUUUGGACUUUUGGAACUCAGAGUCUGUGAGUGUGUUUUGGAAGACAUGGAACAUUCCUGUCCAUCGCUGGGCGCUCCGGCACGUUUACAGGCCUUGCGUUCGCAACGGAGUAAGUCGCAAUGUCUCCGCUCUUGUCGUUUUUAUUAUAUCGGCUUUCUUUCACGAGUAUUUGAUAUCCAUCCCGUUGAAAAUGUUUCGCCUCUGGGCUUGUGCUGCCAUGCUUCUACAACUUCCGUUGGGAAUAGUGACUGAUCGAUAUGUGAGAGGUGGUAGAGCUGGGAAUAUUAUUGUUUGGCUUUCGCUUAUUUUGGGUCAACCGAUGGCGAUUCUGAUGUACGUCCACGACUGGUAUCUAUACAAUCACCCGGAAGCAACCAUUCGCACUUGA